AUGCCAGUACCCUGUUCUGACAUAGACACUUGGAUGGAUUAUGAAUCUUUGCAAAUGUUUAUAUUGGAGAUCAUUUUUUUUUAUGAAGACAAGAGCUUCUAGGGUCACUGCUAUGAAUGUGGCAGUGAUCACCUUGAUUCGUGGUCAUAUGUGAAAAAAUACGAUUCCAUCCAAGUAGAAAAAGUUUCUGUCUUUCCUAUAUUUUUACUGUGCUUGGCACUGCAGAAAUCUGUUUCCUACAGGAUUCAGCUCUUUGAAAGAGAGAAGCUGCAAGGCCAAAAGUUGGAGCUCACUAAUGAUUGCCUAUCAGUCCCAGGCUACAUCCAUCUCCCUAAGAUCUGCUCUCAAUAUUUUAGGUGGUUCUUGGAUCUUGUAUGAAAUACCCACCCUCAGGAGCCAAUAGUGUUUACUGAAGCCCAGGGAAUACAGAAGAUUGCUUGACCAGGGUGUAGUAAACACCAAAAUUGUCUCUUUGCAGAGGCUGGCUGACUUGCACUGAGUUUUUGCUCACACAAUAAACAAAUAGUGAAUGCAUUUCAAAAUCCUUGUUCAAAUGAAUCUUCCUUCAGUACUACAAACAAAUUAAAACUGUGCAGUCCAGAGGGAAAUCCAAUUUCUCUCACACUUUAGGGGGAGAUGGGAUAUACUUUAAAAAAAUAUUCACAUUUAUCCAGCUGUUGCAAAGUUACAUGAUAAUUUAAAUAAUUGUUAAAGGUCCAGCUGCAUAUUUCUAGCCCUGGUAAGUGUAGGAGGAGGUCUGAUUCUUUCAUCAAAGUUUUCUCCAGUUUUACAGGUUUUGAUCUAGGAAUAGAUUACAGUUCUGCACUUACCAGGUUAACAGUAUGCAGUUGGACCUUUAACAUUUAAAUUAUCAUGUACUGUGGAAUAGGAAAAUAAGUCCCAUUAAUAGUUAUAUCCAGCGAAGUACUGACUGAGGAGGAAAAGGACAGAAAGAUGCAGACAAACUCAGAACAAGGUGAAUGCUGCAUUUGGCAUCAAAUUCUUCAUGGAAACAAGCUGCUCCAUGCUACCACUGUUCCAGCAAAACUUUCCAGUCUUAUCCCAGUUGAUUCCUCCAGAAAUACUUUUUCCAGAUCCUUAAAAAUCACACCACCUUUAUAUAGCACGUUUCAGUGAAUCUCUACUUCAUGAACUAAAUGUUCAGCUGGUGUCAGUUGCCCUGCCCCUGCUAACUUCAGAGCUGCACUGAUCUGCUGCAGCAGUUAGAGAUCGAGCUAAAUCCCUCAAUUGCCAGGCUAUUCUGCAUGCAAAAGGAACUAAAUAAGCACACCAGUGUGGAUUAGAAACAGGACAACAUCUUCUUGUGCUCAAAAAAUCCUAUUGCAGCAUUAAUUAUCAUUGAAAUAAUUAUGUAUAUGCCUACUAAUCAUCACUGAAUCCUAUGCCAGCAGGCACUCUGUGCAAUAAUGAAUGAGAGCCAUAAUAAAAUACAAAACAGUUAAAGGAUCUUACAUCUUAACAUAGAUCUCAUUUAGGUAGUGGAGUCUAGAAUUUUUUUCCCAGGCAUAGUUAGGCAAAUAUACUACUGCUCUUCAGCAAGGUGCUGGAGACUUUUGGAAAGAGAAAGCAGUAGAGAGAGCAUAGAAAUACUAGAACACUCUGCAGCCUUAUCUAGUGCAUGUUUAAUUUUAAGUCCUUCCAUCUGAGCUUUAAAUGUUAGGCUGUGAUUUGGUUUUGCCUAAUAAACAUCCUGAUAAUGGAGUCCUAGAAUAAAACUCAGCAACUUCUAUCGCAGUGAGGUAGACUUCUUAAAAUUCAACAUCUCUACUUGCUAAUGUCAGAGACCUCAUUUAGCCAUUAUUUCAUGCUCACGUGACCCAUCAAUAAUAGCCUGCUAGUGAUCCUCUCCAGCCUUUCCCUGACAACACUGGAGAGGAAAAUAGAACCCUUCUUUGCCCUUCUUAUCUUUUUUUUUUUGUACAUGGGACACUUUGUGCCCUCCCACCUGUGCUUUACUGCACAAAGUAGGUUGUUGAACUGCUGCAAAUGUCUGGUGUGCAUAAGAACACCAUGCUUCAGCCAGAGAGAAAUGGAGCAUGAACAAUUUAGCUCUCAAGGCAGAAAUCACUUUCUUUGAUGACAGAGACUUUCAGGGCUGCUCCUGUGAAGCCCCACAGUCCAGCCACACCUGCGUGCCCACCUCAACCAUUGCAACUCUACCGCAAUGGAAAAUGGCUGCUGGAUGAUGCAUGCAUGUCCCAGCUACAUAGGCCACCUGUACUUCUGAGACGAUGGGAUGGGCUUCAAUGACUCCAUUAAGUCUUGUAUCAUUACAGGAACUCAUUCCUUGGAAAAGUUUUACUAAGAGGGAAAAGGUUGCCAAGAUGUGAAAUAUUUCAGUACUCUCACAUAAGGCUAAGGGUCUGAGAUUUGGCCCAGGAAUAGCCUUCAUGCUGGAAUGAAUCCUUCCAAUAUUCAUGCAAAAUUAAGUUCACCCAUGUUGUAACCUUUAUGUACAACUCAGUUUGCUUGUCCAGUAGAAGCUUCAUAAACCAUCACAGCAAGUUUCCAAAUACAUUCCAUCUGCAUAAGAUAAUGCAGCUAUUGUUUUCACUGACAUGCAGUUCUGGGUUUCACUUAGUUAAGCCAAGUUCUGGAUCGAAGUGCUGAAAGCUAGUGCAAGCACUUGUGUCCUUUCAAGCUAUAGAGGGAAAGAAGUCAAAGAUGAUGAGGGUGAGAACAAGAUGAACUGAAGGGAAGUUGACUUGGGAGGCUUCUGGGAAGAGACUAAGGAGCUAUUUACCACAAUUUUCUGG